CCAAUUUUCACUUGUCCGUAGAUACUGAUGUUUUCUUUUCCUUCAAGACCGAUCAUAAAAUUCCAAAAUUUCUGUCAAGUUUGGCUCCGUCAGUCACCGGCACCGUGCCGACUUUCUCCCGUGGUGCCCUACUCCCCAUCUCUCUCACCGAACUACUACGCAAGCCCAGUAUGGGCCCUGAUUUAGAGCUCCAAGGAAAGUCGAAAGCUGCUAUGGAAAUUUCGGUUAGUAAGGACAAUGUAAUUGCCCCUGAAGGCUCAGAAGAUAAACUUCUGCAAUGUGCAAGUAAUUGUGAGGACAACACCUUUGGUGUGGAAGAGUUAUUAGUUGAGCGAGCUGGUGAACAUGAUGGAAUCAAGAAUAUGGAGCUUAAUAUAACCGACAUUAUUGAUACAAAUGAUGCUGUACCGGUUGAAGGUGAAUGCCAAGAUGUGACUGAGCAUUCAAGUUCUUUUGGUGAUACAGAAUCUGGGACUGAGAGUGGCUUGAUCUUGACUGAUGAUGAGUCGCAAUUGUGUGCAAGUAAUGCAUCAGUAUAUGAUGGAUGCUUUGAUGCCUUUAGAAUAAGGAAGAAAAAGUUAACAGUUCAUUGGAGGAAGUUUAUACAUCCUCUUAUGUGGCGCUGUAAAUGGAUAGAACUUCAAAUUAAGGAGCUCCAGUCCCAGGCACUAAAGUACGAUAGAGAACUUGCAGUAUAUGAUCAAAGAAAGCAGUUUGAAUUUGAAAACUUCACCUUAGAAGGUUUUGAUGCAAAGUCUCUCCCCUUUUCCAGACAACUUAGAAAUAAGGUCAUGACGAGAAAGAAAAGAAAGAGACUUGAAGAGACGGUUGAUGUAAUGUCAUAUAUGUCACAACAUAACCUGUUCUCCUACUAUGAAAAUAAGAGGUCUAUUGCUGAUGGUGCUCCUAUAGAAGGGUAUUGUGGUAAUCUAGAUAAGAUUACUAAUGGCGGUAAUGAGUUUGGGAUAAAUGAUGGAUGGUCAUCCCUUGAAUUUGGAAAUGGUGAUAAUUCCUUGGAACAGAUUCUCUCGAAGAUUGAAGUGGCACAUUCUCAAGUUCGCAAGCUGAAGACCCAAAUUGACAAGGUGAUCAGUGAAAAUCCUGGAAAGUUCUGCUCCAUAAAUAAGUUGAGCUUGCCUGUACCAUCUGAUGCAUUGAUCAGUUCUGAUCAAAGUCCUGCCUCUCCUCCUGAUAAUGGACAUAGAUUAUCUGCUAAAUCUCCAUUUACUUCUCGGCAUAUAUCUGAGGGUAGCAUGGGAGAUAUACCUAUGUCUGAAAGUGCAGUUUUCAGUCUUGGGGAGGGGAACCCUCUUUCGAGUAUAAUUGAAAGCAAUUACCAGUCUCGGGUGAGGGGUUUAUAUGAAAAUACUGAGGAAGGAAUUCUAAUACAUAAUCAGGCUGCCAAGGAAGAUUUGGAUGAUUUUGGUGAAGUCAGAGAUUGGCUUAUAGAGAAGCCUCAGGUACUGCUGGAAGAGCAGACAACUAUUCCUCAAGACCUGCCCACAGAGACAGCGAUGCCCAAGGUUCAAUCUAAUGUAAAAUCAUGUUCCCCUUCCAAGUCAAGUUUCCCUCGGCACACAAGAAGACGGGGGCGGAGAAAAGCUGGCUCAAAGAGGUGGAGCAGGAGAUCUUCAGGUUAGCUGGAUUUUACAAGCCAAUAUAGUUUUUUUUUUUCUUAUUUGUUCUAAGGAUGGAAAACCAAGAUAUUCAGAAAGGAUGUCAACAGCCUCCGUUGCUCUUCAGAAUUUGUAUAUGCCGCUUAUUUUACUGUAUAUAUUCUACCUCUCUCUUGUAGCAUUGAUUUCAAAUAUAAUGGAAGCACUGUUAAUCUGUUUGGAUUUGAA